AUGGACGAAUGGGAAGAAGAGCAGAGCCCAAUUGUGGACAACAUAAGUUUUGGAAUUGCUGGGAGCUCUUGGAACAGUGGGGACUGCCAAAAUGGUCUCAAAAGCACCUUCAAUGACAAUAACAGCUCUUGGAAAACCAGUGGUGGUGGGUCUGGGUUCCAAGGUGGAAACAGGGGUUGGGGCUCUAGAUGUGGUGGUGGAGGUUUCAAGGGCUUCAGUUCAGGUGAUGGAAGCAGCUCAUUUAAUGGUGGAGAUGGACUCGGGGAAAGAGGAGGAGGCAGGGGACCUAGAGGCAGAGGAGGAUUUAGGGAUGCCUUCCAUACAGGUUACAGAGGACGGAAUGAGGAGGUGUUUUCCAAGGGUUCAAAGAUGGACGAAGAGAGAGAUUUGAAUGCAGGGCCCAAGGUCAUCUAUGUACCGCCUCCACCACCAGAGGAGGAGGGUUCUAUUUUUUUCCACUAUGAGACAGGAAUCAACUUUGAUAAAUAUGAUGAUAUCCUUGUGGAUGUUAGUGGAAGCAAUCCUCCCAAGGCCAUCAUGACAUUUCAGGAGGCAGGACUGUGUGAGUCACUCAACAGAAAUGUCUCAAAAUCAGGAUAUGUGAAGCCCACUCCAGUUCAGAAACAUGGUAUUCCGAUUAUAUCUGCUGGACGAGAUCUCAUGGCUUGUGCACAGACUGGAUCGGGGAAAACAGCUGCCUUCCUGCUGCCCAUUCUGCAGCAGCUGAUGACUGAUGGUGUGCCAGCCAGCAAAUUCAGUGAAAUGCAGGAACCUGAAGCAAUCAUCGUGGCACCCACCAGAGAACUGAUCAAUCAGAUUUAUCUGGAGGCCCGCAAGUUUGCAUAUGGAACUUGCGUGCGUCCUGUCGUUGUUUAUGGAGGUACAAGCACUGGAUACACAAUUCGGGAGGUGUUGAAGGGUUGCAACGUGUUGUGUGGGACCCCUGGAAGAUUACUGGACAUUAUUCGUCGUGGAAAGGUUGGACUGAGUAAGCUCAGAUACUUGGUCCUGGAUGAGGCUGACCGGAUGCUGGAUAUGGGCUUUGAGCCGGACAUGCGGAGGCUGGUGGGCUUUCCAGGAAUGCCUGCUAAAGAAGAGCGGCAGACCUUGAUGUUCAGUGCAACAUACCCAGAGGAUAUUCAAAGGCUGGCAGCUGAUUUCCUAAAGGUAGACUAUCUGUUUCUGGCUGUGGGGGUGGUGGGAGGAGCUUGCAGUGAUGUGGAGCAGCAGAUCUUUCAAGUGAAACAGUACUUAAAAAGAGAGCAGCUGCUGGAGCUACUAAAGACCACAGGGAUGGAACGGACAAUGGUUUUUGUUGAAACCAAAAGAAGUGCAGAUUUCAUUGCGACGUUUCUCUGUCAGGAGAAAGUGCCAACUACAAGCAUUCACGGUGACCGAGAACAGCGGGAGCGGGAAAUGGCCCUCAGUGACUUUCGCACAGGCCGGUGUCCUGUGCUGGUGGCUACUUCUGUCGCUGCUAGAGGGCUGGACAUCGAGCAUGUCCAGAAUGUGGUGAACUUUGACCUGCCUAACAACAUUGAGGAGUAUGUGCACCGCAUAGGGAGAACGGGCCGCUGUGGAAACACGGGAAGAGCCAUUUCCUUCUUUGACCCAGAGCCUGAUACUCCACUGGCUCGCUCGCUGGUCAAAGUCCUGUCAGGGGCACAGCAGGAUGUUCCUUCAUGGCUGGAGGAAAUUGCAUUCAGUGCACAUGGCACCACAGGAUUUAACCCACAUGGGAAGGUGUUUGCCUCUAUAGACACUCGCAAGGGUGGCUCUUUUCAGAAGGAAUGGGCAACCCAACCGGCUAUGCAAAGUGCUGCAGCAGCUGAUGACGAAGAAUGGGAGUAGAUCUACAUGUGCUUACCUUUUACCUUU